UGAGCAGUGUAGAGGAAGUGGCGGCUGAUCUGGGUCCGCACCUUUUCCGGUAACACAGCACCGCCACCGCCGUGACUGAACGGCUGGGGAAGAGAGAGAGAGAGAGAGAGAGAGGGAGGAAGGAAGAGAGAGAGAGACAGAGAGGGGAGAAACGGGCCGGGGGCACUGGGGGAUGAUUGCCGCAGUCGUAAGGGGCUCGAGAAGAGAAGAAAGUCGGAUGAAUCAAUGACCUUUCUGGAUUGUCCCGCUGCAGAAACGGACCCGGGAUCUUACGUUUGGGUGUGUUUUGAUAAUUAAAAAAGAAAGAAGAAGAAGAAGAAGAAAGAAAAAAAAAAACACCUUUUUAAAAAAAAAAAAAAAAACGAAUCCAUCGACUGGGAUUGGCUGAGGGCAAAGUGUGGACAGCCGGCAGCCAAGGAGGAAGUGGGAACCCCGGGCUCGGACUGGGCCUGAUUUUGUAAAGCGGGGUUGUUGUUUUUUUCUCUCAUAGAAACGAAGAAGAAAGGGAAAAAAAAGAAGCUACUUUUGUAUCAAGUCGAAACUUGGAAAUGUGGAUUUUUUUUUUUUGAAGGAAGUCUGAGCUCAACGUGCUAGUUUUGAAACCAGAAGGGAGGGGGGGUGUACUAGUGUCUUCCUACAUCGGAUGGCAGUGGAUCAUGAACAUAUCCCCACCCAAUACUACGAGGAUAGACACACACACACACACUGCUCCCAUUGAAUGCUCCGAUUAUCGUUCACCAGCUAAUUGCAGCGGUCCGUUAUCAGACUGAAAGUCGCCCUUUUGAGUGGGUGUUGACAGGUGCCGUCACCUCCCCAACACUGAAACCGUAACUUUCUUUCCCCCGUAAGAUAAGUCCUUUUUUCCCCUUCUUUUUCCUCUCUUCCAAAGUAUUUAUGCACAGCAAACAAGAUGGGCAAAAUGAUCUCAAAGAUCUUCGGCAACAAGGAGAUGAGAAUAUUGAUGCUUGGACUUGACGCCGCCGGUAAAACCACCGUCCUGUACAAGCUGAAACUGGGACAGUCGGUCACCACCAUCCCCACCGUGGGCUUCAACGUGGAGACCGUCACCUACAAGAAUGUGAAGUUCAACGUGUGGGACGUCGGCGGGCAGGACAAGAUCCGACCCCUCUGGAGACAUUACUACACGGGCACCCAGGGCCUCAUUUUCGUGGUGGACUGCGCGGACAGGGACAGGAUCGACGAGGCGAAGCAGGAGCUCCACCGGAUCAUCAACGACCGGGAGAUGAGGGACGCCAUCAUCCUGAUCUUCGCCAACAAACAAGACCUCCCCGAUGCCAUGAAACCCCACGAGAUCCAGGAGAAGCUGGGCCUGACCCGGAUCCGAGAUAGGAAUUGGUACGUUCAGCCCUCGUGUGCGACCACAGGGGAUGGACUAUACGAGGGCCUGACCUGGCUCACCUCAAAUUACAAAUCUUAAUGUUGCUCCCAUCACCAGCCUGGACACUUGGAUGCAAAAAAAAUUAAUAAAAAAAAGUAGCUGAGAAUGAAAAAAAAAAA